AUGGGGAGGUCUAUUCUGGAGGAUGCGCGGAUGGGCCCCGAUCAUGACGGCUAUGAGGGGGAUUUGACGGGACAUAAUGGCGGGAGGUAUCUUGGAAUAUACUUGGAGGUAGCUAUAGUUGAUAAAGAGCAUCAGUACAGGGAGUUUUCGCGAACCUACGAGAUUCAUACCAUGAAUCCUCGUUACUGGCAUCUUCGCAACUUCCUUUGCACUCAUCCGCAUAUUUCAUAUCUUAUUAUUAAAAUGCAUCAAGAAAAAUCAUAUUCAAAAUCACAUCACUUUCAACUUUUCAAAAACAACACCAUGAAACUUCCCUUGUCAACUUUCAAGGCUGCCAUAUUGGCCAGCAUAGUUUUCAACACCGCUUUCGCUUUCGCGCAAGUAUAUAAUCAUAACCACCCUCCAGAACUAUCCCUUCUCACAACAUCCGCAUCCGCAUUCGCAUCUACAUCCACAUCCACAGCAUCCUCAAUACAACCAACAGUAACUAAAAUCACCAUGUCGUCUCUAGCCAGCAAUUCUUAUUUGAGUGCAUCCAACUCUACCGGCUCCUACUACUCCAGCGGCUCCCACUACUCUAGCAAUGAAGAAGCACCGCGCACCCCCCACCGCCCGCAAAAUCGUAUCACCAACGUCAGCUCCACUGACGACAGCGAAGCCGAAUACGACACCCUCGUGGAGCGUGUCCGCUCUUGGCAACUUGACAAGCUUCGCUCUCCACAGAAACGUGGUGCUGAUACCGACAGUGGCAGCGAGGAGUACGAGAGCGAUACUGAAGAGUCUGAGGAUGAAGAGGAGGGCGGGGUGUCGAUCUUUGUGAGGGAUGAUGCAGAUAGCGAUAGCGAUUGUGAUAGUGAGGGUUAUGAAGCAGAUGAUGAAGGUGGAGAUGAUGGGGAGGAGGUUCAUUAUCGGGCAACCGUGGGUGAGGAUGGCGGUGAAGAAAACGAUAUCGAGGUGGGAGAAGGAAGUGACGAGGAAGAAGCAGGUGAGGAUGAGGAUAAAUCCGGCUCGGAAGGCGGAGAGUCAGCCGUUACAGGAGAUAAACCUCCCACCACCGCUAAAGCUAGCGUUAAAUUGGUCGGCGAGGAAGAAGCACUGGAUGAAGAUUCUGCGGACGAGAGAUACAGGUGGAGAAACACUGACAGAGCUCGUCUUGUUGCGUUCCGGAGACAGAGGAUGAUGGGGAUGAGGGAUUUCGAGAUGUACUAA